ACAAGUCAGUAGCGAGAUCCCAGGCAGAGAAGGCCGGCCAGGUGAGAACGCACCAGAGAGCAAGACAACCAGAGGCAAGCUUGGUUCAGUUCCUUCAGCGGGCCGCCUCCUUCUCCACAACGAUGUCAUCUCAGCUGGAAAGCGCGAUGGAAGGCCUCAUUGCCGUCUUCCACAACUACUCCGGCAAGGAAGGCGACAAGUACAAGCUGAGCAAGAAGGAGCUGAAGGAGCUGCUGCAGAACGAGCUCAGCGAUUUCCUGGAGACUCAGAAGGACACGAGCGCCGUCGACAGCAUCAUGCACGACUUGGACGAGAACGGCGACGGGGAAGUGGACUUCACGGAGUUUGUAACCAUGGUGGCUGGCCUGACCGUGAUUUGCAACGCAUUCUUCUGCGAGGAGGCAUGAGGUGUUCGGAGAAGGCUGCCGGCAGGCCCAACCCGGGAGCUGCUGCCUCACAGCGCCCCGAUCGCACCCGGCCAUCUCCCUCCCAGGCUGCCUGCUACUCCUGCAGCUUCCCCCCUCCCUCCCACUGCUUGGCAUCAUGUGAGCACCUCGAGGUUUCCAAUAAUCAACCAUUGUGAUGGCCUUGCUUAUUAAAGCCACUUCACCUGCA